AUGUCAAAUUGACAAUAUUCUGCCAAAAAAGUUUGGUUAUGCGAUUGUCAUUUAGUUCGGAAUUCUUUAAUUCUGAAAAAUUACUAAAUUAACCAAUAUUGCUGAAUUAAAAGCAUCAAAAUGGUUGAAGCCCAAAGGUUUAGGAUUGAGCAGGAGAUGACGAACCUUGUCAAUGAGUUGGACAAGAGUUAUUUGAGAAAAAUGCAAGGUGACAUGCACAGGUGUGCCGCCAAAUGCUGUGAUGAUCCUCAGACCUCUUUAGAGAGGGUGCACAGUUGCAUCGACACCUGCACCGCACCACUCAACCAGGCUAAUAAUUAUGUGCAGGGCGAGAUCAAUCACCUCCAGAACAGACUACAGAGAUGUGUGAUGGACUGCAAUGAUUACGCCAGAGACAGAUUGGGCUCCGAUCCUAGUCAGGAAACGGUUGACAAAUGCACAAUAGAAUUCGAGAAGUGUGCAGUGAAAUGCGUAGACAAGCACAUUGGUAUCAUUCCUAACAUGAUGAAGACGAUGAAAUCCGUCCUGGCCAGCGGGAAGCCACCACCAGCUAGAAGCGAAUGAGGCACCACUUAGAUGUUCUUGGGUUAUGGUUAUGUUAAUACUGUGGCUUGGUUUCUGAAAGAUCAGAGUUAAAGUCUGAUUUUGGUUAUGUUUUUCUGAAAAUCUGAUAAGUAUAAGCGUUUUUAGCUUGUCUUAUGGGUGCUAAUAAAACUGAUACCUCAUCCCUACUAAUAUUAUAAAUGCGAAAGUAACUCCGUCUGUCCGUUUGUUACGCUUUCACGUCUAAACCACUGAACUGAUUUUAAUAAAAUUUGGUACAGAGAUAGAGUUGGCGUUGAGAAAGAACAUAGGAUAGUUUUUAUCCCUGACUUUUGAAGAGUUCUCUUGGAAAUGCUAUAUAACCGAAAUCGACGCAGGCAAAGCCGCGGGCGGAAGCUAGUCACUACAUAGUAUAAAAGAAAGUCGUUUUUUCUGUCCCUAUAUCCCUUUGUACGCUUAAAUCUUCAAAACUACGCAACGGAUUUUGAUGCGUUUUUUUUAAUAGAUAGUGAUUGAAGAGGAAGGUUUAUAAAUGUAUGAUAACAUGCAUUCAAUAGUGGGGAUGUACUAUUAUCCCAUGCGAAGCGGGGACGGGUAGCUAGUAAUAUAUAAUUUUAAUUUAAAUAACUAGUUUUUUUGCCACGGUUUCACCCGCUUACUAGCCAAGCCUCCCAAAUGUAGCCUAUGUUAAGAGCGCGAAGCGAAGUUGGCGCUUAAGAGUAAAGAAAUAAACAUAAAAAUGUUCCCUUUUUAUCAUAUUAGUAUAGACUAGUGACUUGAAACAAUCUUUCAGAAACUAAGACACAGUAAAAAUGUUAGUGUUGGCAUUUAAGUAGUGUUUAGAAAAUACGAUUAUGUAUGUAUUUGUUUAUAAUUAUCGUCAACAAGUCAGUGAUUGACUAGGGCACUUUCACAAUCCUCACAAAUGUUUACAAAAUUAAAGUUCAAUAUUCAGCAAAAAUGAGGGCCUAGACUAUAUCUACUUUUAAUGUUUUCAAUUAUUUAUCGAACCAAAAAGUGAAACUUGGUGGACUAAAUCGUGCUCUUAAAAUAAAAACACAAAAUAUAAGCAGCAGGAUAGUAAUAAAAUAAAAUAAAUGAUAUAUCUUAAAAAUAAAGUCUUCAGAAUACGAUAAACGAUCAAUGUUGCCAGUUCAUAACAUUAAAAUAUGUAUUUUUGUUAGAAGACUUUCUAAUUAUUUUUAUUAAUUACAAUUACUCACCAACGAAAUACACUCAAAAUGUACCUAUUCUUGUAAAAUACAUACCUUCCUAUAUACUAAUAUUUUUAUUUGUUUACAAGUACAUUACUUGUAUUCAAAUAACGGAAAUAACUAUUUUCUACCACGAAUGUUGCCAUUGUAGAAAUUGUUUAGUACAAUAUUAUUUGUGUACAGUUUAGAAUAUAAUAAACUUAAUGUUGAAUCAA